AUGGAAAAUCCACCUCCUGACUACGGGCCUCUUCGAGGCUCUUGGAUAAGUCCCGUUACUCCCAUUCUGCCUGUAAGCUUCCCCAUUCUUAUGCUUCAUGUACCUGUCGGGGGUCAUUUUUCCCACUUCAGGGAAGAGUGGAUCCGAGAGAUCUCGGAUCCCUUCGUCCUGAACAUCAUUUCCGAGGGAUAUUUAAUCAACCUCACCUCUAUUCCUCUGGACAGGUUUGUCAAAACCAACCUUCUACAAGCUACCAGGCAGGCGAUCCUGGAGGCCUACAUUCAGGACUACAUCUGCAAGCGGGCUCUGGAGGAGGUUCCGGCAGGAGAACGGGGCCUAGGGAUCUAUUCACCAGUUUUUCUGGUUCCCAAAGCUUCAGGAGAUCUCCGGAUGAUUAUCGAUCUGAGGUAUUUUAAUCGGUUCAUCAGGAAGGUGAAGUUUCGUAUGGAAAUAUCAGGCAUUCUGGUGCAGUCAACAGCAGCUGACCCUAACCCAGGAGAAUCUCCGGUGCCUGUAACCUGCUCCAUGAGAGGAAUGGAUUUGAAAAGAGAGUCCGCCCAAGUUCUCUGUCCCCCAGGGUGCACUGAGCAGCAACUCUCUGUAUAUGGAGAUGUAGGUUAUGCAGGAAUAUCCAGCAUAUGUGGUGCAGCAAUUCACCGGGGGGUGAUAGCCAGCAAUGGCGGACCAGUGUCACUACGUAGGCUUCCUGGACGACAAAAUUAUCUCGCAGUCUAUGCUAAUGGAGUGCAGUCCCAGACACUCAGCAAAUGGUCUACCUCCUUCUCUGUAUCCAAACAUAAGACUCGAGGGAUGGAGGUCUCUGGAAAACCUGUAUCUACUCAGGCAUCUGCUGCAUCCCGACGCCAAAAGAAGACACCAGAGAAGUCAACUGGCAAUAAAGACUGCAAAGCAGAAAUCGCCUUUCUCUUAGAUGGCAGCAAUAACAUUGGACAGCGUCGCUUCAACCUACAAAAGAAUUUCGUGGCUAAAGUUGCCCUAACGCUAGGCAUUGGCACAGAUGGUCCUCAUGUAGGAGUUGUACAAGCCAGUGAGCUACCAAAGACAGAGUUCUUUUUGAAAAAUUUCACCUCAGCAAAGGAUGUUGUGUUUGCAGUAAAGGAAAUCAGCUUCAGAGGAGGAAACUCCAACAUAGGAAAGGCCGUGAAACACACUGCCCAAAGCUUCUUCACUAACGCAAAUGGAGUGCGAAAAGGAAUCCCAAAAGUAAUGGUGGUGUUUAUAGAUGGUUGGCCCUCUGAUAACAUCGAAGAGGCGGGUAUAAUAGCCCGUGAAUAUGGCAUCAAUGUCUUCAUUGUGUCUGUGGCUCCUCCAUCUCCAGAAGAGCUUGGAAUGGUUCAGGAUGUGGCAUUUAUAGACAAGGCUGUCUGCAAGAACAACAGUUUUUUCUCCUUCCAUAUGCAAAACUGGUUUGGCACAGCAAAGUAUGCAAAGCCAUUGGUCCAGAAGUUGUGUACACAUGAACGGCUUCUCUGCAGCAAGACCUGUUACAACUCUGUCAACAUUGCUUUCCUGAUUGAUGGCUCCAGUAGCGUAGGUGACCAAAAUUUCCGCCUUAUGUUGGAAUUCAUGAGUAACAUUGUACGUGCAUUUGAGGUCUCUGAUGUGGGGGCAAAAGUGGCUGCAGUACAGUUUACCUACGAUCAACGCCUAGAGUUUGGCCUGAAUGAUUACACCAACAAGGAUGAUGUGUUACGAGCCCUUUACAACAUCCGAUACAUGAGUGGAGGAACUGCUACCGGGGAUGCCAUCAGUUUUACUGUACGCAAUGUGUUCGAGCCAACCAAGGAUGGACACAACAAAAAUUUUCUGGUUAUUAUAACUGAUGGGCAGUCAUAUGAUGAUGUCAGGGGUCCGGCCAUCACAGCACACAGAGCAGGAGUAACAGUCUAUACUGUUGGUGUCGCAUGGGCGCCUUUAGAAGACCUGAAGGAUAUGGCAUCUGAACCCAAGAAUUCCCACACAUUCUUCACCAGAGAAUUCCCAGGGCUGGAGCAAAUUGUUCCCAGCAUUAUUCGCGGCAUCUGUAGAGAUUAUCUGGAUUCACAGAAGUGAAAUUAUGAGGCAGAACAUCUCCCUAGAAAGGAUUGUUAAAAAGGA